GUUAUUGUUGGAGGGAUGUUCCCUGUGCAUUUCAGACUGGCGUCUUCCAACUCAUCAACUUCUUCAGUACCACAGUCUUCUGACUGUGAGGGGUUCAAUUUCCGGACCUUCCGGUGGCUCCAGACGAUGAGAUUCGCCAUCAAUGAGAUCAACAACAGGGAAGACAUCUUGCCCAACACGGACCUGGGCUACGUGAUCUACGACUCGUGCUUCACCAUUUCCAAAGCCGUCGAGGGCACCCUCACCUACCUGACCGGCCAAGACGAGGCCGUGCCCAACUACCGCUGCAGCUCGGGGGCUCCCCUGGCCGCCCUCAUUGGGGCGGGGGCGUCCGAUCUCUCCAUCGCCACGGCCAGGAUUCUGGGACUUUAUUACUUUCCCCAGGUAAGUUAUGCGUCCUCCUGCUCCGUUCUGGAAAGCAAGUUCCAGUUUCCGUCAUUUCUCCGAACGAUCCCAAACGACGUCCACCAAUCCCAGGCCAUGGCUCGGCUCGUCCUCCACUUCGGGUGGACCUGGGUGGCCACAAUAGCUUCGGACGACGACUAUGGAAAGUAUGGAAUCAAAGUGUUCAAAGAACAGGUGGAGGAGGCUGGGGUGUGCAUCUCUUUCUCAGAGACACUUCCCAAAGUGUACUCUAGGGAGAGCGUGCUCCGCAUCGUGGAAGCAAUCAAGAAAUCCACGGCCAACAUCAUUGUGGUGUUCUCCUCCGACGUCGACUUCAGCCCGCUGACAGAAGAACUGGUGGCCCACAACAUCACCAACAAAACAUGGAUAGCCAGUGAAGCUUGGAUAACUUCAGCUUUAAUCAGUAAACCUGAGUAUAACUCAGCCCUUGGUGGAACUAUAGGCUUCGCUAUCCGGAGAGCAGAUAUCCCAGGACUUAAAUCAUACCUCCUUAACCUUGACCCUUACGAGGACCGACUAACAGAGGAGUUCUGGGAGAAGGCCUUUAACUGCACCCUGGGUUACACACGCACCGUUAGGAGUCUGAACACAUCCGCUCUGAGUUCCAAUGAUACAGACACGCGAAUACACAACAUGGAUCCAGUGGCUGAUCAUUUUUGCACGGGGCUUGAGUCACUCGAGAGAAUCAAUAACACAUAUUCUGAUGUUUCCGAACUCCGGCUGACAUACAGCGUCUAUAAGUCUGUGUACACAGUGGCUCACGCCCUGCACAACCUGGAGCACUGUGAGCCUGGAAAGGGCCCAUUUCCCAUGAACAGCUGUGCUGACAUCAAUAACUUUGAGCCCUGGCAGUUAAUGUAUUACCUGAAGAAUUUAAGAUUCACCACCCACACCAACGAAGACAUUUUCUUUGAUGACAAUGGAGACGUGAAGGCUGAAUAUGACAUUAUCAACUGGCAGGAGAAACCAGAUGGAAGUGUCUCUUAUGUACAGAUCGGACAUUACAACAGCACCGCCCCCGCUGAGUCAAGAAUGACCAUCAACAACGACUCCAUUGUCUGGAACAAUAACAUCUUACAGGCUCCGCGGUCUGUGUGCAGCGAGAGCUGUCUCCCUGGAACCAGGAAGGGCAUCCGACAGGGGGAGCCAGUGUGCUGCUUUGAUUGCAUUCCCUGUGCUGACGGGGAGAUCUCUAACGAGACAGAUGCGAGGGAAUGCAUUCAGUGUGGAGAAGACUACUGGUCCAAUACGAAGAGGGAUGCCUGUGUGCCCAAGGAGAUUGAAUUCCUGGACUUCAGUGAGGCCCUGGGAAUAACGCUGAUCAGCAUUUCAGCCUUCGGGGCGUGCAUUACGAUUGCAGUGGCGAUCAUAUUUUUAGUCCACAGGAACACUGCCCUCGUUAAAGCCAACGACCGCACACUGAGCUUCUUCCUGCUUCUCUCCCUCGUCAUCACCUUCCUGAGCUCCAUCGUGUUCAUCGGGCGGCCCCAGCACUGGUCCUGCAUGACCAGCCAGGUGGCGCUGGCGCUGGGCUUCGCGAUGUGUCUUUCCUGCAUCAUGGGAAAGACCGUCGUUCUGAUGCUGCGGGCCAGGGCUGCCAAAGCGAAGUCCCAGGAGCAGGCCAACGGGGACCCGAUCAAGCCCAUCCAUCAGAAAAGCAUCGCCUUGGUCUGUACUCUCAUUCAGGUGUGCGCGUGCACAGUGUGGCUCAUCCUGCUGCCUCCUUACCCUGUGAAAAACACAGCUUCGCAGAACAUAAAGAUCAUUCUGGAAUGCAACAUCGGUUCCAUUAUAUUUAUAUGUUGCAUCUUUGCCUACGACAUCCUGCUGGCUCUGCUGGGAUUCAUAUGCGCUUUUAUAGCUCGCAAGAUGCCGGACAAUUUUAACGAAGCAAAAUUCGUGACCUUUGGCAUGCUGGUUUUCUUCAUUGUGUGGAUCUCCUUCGUCCCGGCGUACUUAAGCACCAGGGGCAAAUUCAUGGUGGCAGUACAAAUAUUUGCGAUUUUGGCAUCCAGCUUUGGCUUGUUAGCGUGCAUAUUUAUCCCUAAAUGCUAUAUAAUCUUGAUAAAACCAGAAAGGAAUACAGAGGAACUAGUCAGAGGCAAAUCGCAAAAGAAUGAUACCAGCGCACCAGGAACAUCAGUUUCUAUUAGCAGUGAACUCAACAACACCACCAUUUCAACUGUCUCAGUCGAUGACUAA